GUCCACAAGUUCAUGACCCGCCCCCCCACCCCCAGUGGCGGUGGCGGCAGACCCGCCGGGCAGCUGGACCGAGCCGAUCGGUCCGGUCCCAUCUCAGCGGCCCGCGGCGCCUGCCCACCCUCUCAGCCAAAAGCCCCCUGCACCCAGUCCAUCCAAACCUGUGUCCGCAGCUCUCGCCAGCCAGUCGCCGCCACGAGAGGGGAUGUCGACGGCGAGCGGCGUAUCCGCUGGCUCCGUGCUCCAGCUGCCCUCCUUUCGGGUGCCGGCCAAGAGAUUUCUGCCUCGGAGAACAGCCGCUGGUGCUCCGGCUGGUAACUUUUUUGUGAAGAGAGAUAUUAUAUAUAAUAGAAGCUACCACCAAUUCUUACCAUUGAAGCAUAUAGGAGGCUUGCAAGCAGCAGUACUUCCAGUUACUCCACCACUAUUAGAUGGUGAGGGGAAAAAGAAACAAAUGGCUGAAGAGUAUGGGUUCACACAAAUUGGAGAUGAACUACCAGAUGAUAUUACUCUUAAAGAUGUCAUGGAUACUUUACCUAAAGAGGUAUUUGAAAUCAAUGAUGUGAAGGCUUGGACAUCAGUUUUGAUAUCAGUUACUUCUUAUGCGCUGGGUUUAUAUUUCAUUGCUAAGUCUCCAUGGUAUCUUCUUCCCUUGGCUUGGGCUUGGACAGGCACAGCAGUGACUGGGUUUUUUGUGAUAGGUCAUGAUUGUGCUCACAAAUCAUUUUCAAGGAAUAAGUUGGUUGAAGAUGUUGUUGGAACCUUGGCUUUCAUGCCAUUGAUAUAUCCUUAUGAACCGUGGAGAUUUAAGCAUGACCGACAUCAUGCCAAGACAAACAUGUUGAUAGAAGAUACUGCAUGGCAACCUGUUUGGCAAAAGGAAAUUGAAUCAUCACCUUUUCUAAGGAAGGCAAUUAUUUUUGGCUAUGGCCCUAUCAGGCCAUGGAUGUCUAUUGCUCACUGGUUGAUUUGGCACUUUGAUCUAAAAAAAUUCAGACCAAAUGAAGUUCCAAGGGUUAAGAUAAGCUUAGCAUGUGUGUUUGCAUUCAUGGCGAUUGGAUGGCCCUUGAUCAUUCUCAAAUCAGGACUAGCUGGAUGGUUUAAGUUCUGGUUCAUGCCAUGGAUGGUUUAUCAUUUUUGGAUGAGCACUUUUACAAUGGUACAUCACACAGCUCCUCAUAUACCAUUCAAGUCAUCUGAAGAAUGGAAUGCUGCACAAGCUCAAUUAAACGGCACAGUUCAUUGUAACUAUCCUCAAUGGAUAGAGAUCCUUUGCCAUGACAUAAAUGUGCAUGUCCCACACCAUAUUUCUCCAAGAAUUCCAAGCUAUAACCUUCGUGCUGCUUAUGAUUCCAUCAAACAGAACUGGGGCAAGUAUGUCAAUGAAGCCAACUGGAAUUGGCGAUUGAUGAAGACGAUACUGACGAGAUGCCAUGUGUACGACAAGGAGAGAUACUAUGUUCCGUUCGAUGAGCUCGCGCCUCAGGAGUCCCAACCAAUCAAAUUCCUUAGGAAGUUCAUGCCAGAUUACGCAUGAUGCCAUCAUCACAGCUGUUGACUAGUUGAGAUUAUUCAGUAUUGUCGGCACAGGUGGACAGUCACAUUUUCAGUGAUUACGCAUGUCCCAAAAUUUUGACUGG